AUUUCCCAUCUUCCUCACGCAUCAGUUCGUACGCAUCGUCACGUCCCCGUCCUUCGGACAACCGGACUGCAAUCCGCCUCCAUCAAGAUCCGAUCCCGUCACGUCCAGAACGAUGCACCCUCCGCUGCCGUUUCUCCUCGCAACGCACGAAAGCAUCGGGACUUUUCGACGUCCCUCUCUUGCGCUUUCGGCCAGAGCGUGAGACGCUCGGAUCACCGGAACAAACGCGAAUUUGCGCCGCCGGUUCCAUUCGAGAUUCGGAAAACGACAUGAUAUGCGCUCGGAGCUGUUCAGCGUCACGUCGAGGAUAUCGGCGCUGGCGAGAUCCGGGCGCAUCUCGUGUGCUCGGAAGCUGUUCGACCGAAUGCCGCAGAGAGACUCGGUCUCUUGGAACGCGAUGAUCAGUGGGUACGCUCAUCUGGGUCUCCACCAAGAAGCUCUCUUUCUGUUCCGGUCCAUGAGGUUUGCCUGUGCCCGGCCUGAUCACUUCACGUUAACCGCGACUCUGGCGGCAUGCGCGGGAUCGAAUGAUCUUGUUUAUGGGACCAAAGUGCACGCUCUGGUCAUUCUUCUGGGGUUCCCGUCUUACUCGCCGGUUAAUAACUCUCUCAUAGACAUGUAUGGAAAAUGCUCGUGCCCCAAUAGUGCUAGCAAAGUUUUUGAAGAAAUGAGCAUUAGGAAUGAAAUAACAUGGUGUUCUCUCUUGUUCGCACAUGUCAAUUGUGGCAAUUUUAGUGUAGCCAACAACUUGUUUGUGCUGUUGCCCGAGCAGGUUCAAAUUGCUUGGAAUAUAAUGAUUGCAGGCUGUGGUAGAUGGGGCGACGUUGAAUUGUGUUUUGGUUUGUUCAAAGAUAUGCAGGUGAGUGGGUGCCAGCCAGAUCAGUGGACUUUAAGCUCUCUCAUGAACACUUGUUCUGAAUCAUCAAAUUAUUUUCACGGCCAUAUGGUGCAUGCUUAUAUCAUGAAAAGUGGCUGGGGCAUUGCAGUGGAGUCCAAGAAUUCGAUCCUGAGCUUUUACUCUAAACUGUGCUGUCUUGAGGAUGUUAUGAAGUUGCUUGAGUCUUUUGGUACACUGACUGUGGUGUCUUUGAAUGUCAUCAUUGAUGCCCAUAUGAAGAUAGGAGACACCAAUAAAGCCUUUCUCGAGUUUCAGCGAGCGCCUGAGAAGAACAUUGUUUCGUGGACAUCGAUGAUUACUGGAUACGCAAGAAAUGGGCAUGGAGAGCAAGCUCUCUUUUUCUUUGUUGAUAUGAUCAGGAAUGGCCACAAACCGGACGACUUGGCAUUUGGAGCUGUGCUCCAUGCAUGUUCUAUCUCGGCAAUGCUUGGUCAUGGUGAAAUGAUCCAUGGCUGCAUAAUUUCCUCUGGGUUUCCAGCUAAUGCCUAUGUGGGCAACGGUCUAGUUAAUAUGUAUGCGAAAUGUGGGCACAUAGAAGCAUCGAGUCGUGCAUUCAAUGACAUUGCUAAAAAGGACAUUGUCUCCUGGAAUGCAAUGCUGUUUGGAUUCGGUUUGCAUGGGCGGGCUAAGGAAGCUCUUCAGCUUUUUGAAGAAAUGGUAGCAUCAGGGGCAAAACCAGACAAGGUCACCUUCAUAGGCAUGUUAAUGACUUGUAGUCACUCGGGACUCCUGGAGAAAGGCGGAAAGCUUUUCAAGUUGAUGAACUUGGAAUACGGGAUCGCACAUGAAAUGGAUCACGUGGCUUGUAUGAUCGAUAUGCUAGGCCGAGGUGGAUAUUUAGCAGAAGCAAGAAAGCUGACCGAGGAAACUCGGGGCGCAACGACCAUGUGGGACGCUCUAUUAGGAGCUUGCUCUGCUCAUGUAGACACAGAAAUUGGUACAUACAGUGGGGAGGGCUUGAAGGUGAUGGAUCCCCAGAAUGAAAUGAGCUACGUCGUCUUGUCGAACUUGUACUGCGCGAGUGGGAAGUGGAAAGAAGCAGAGAUGGUCAGGCAGGCAAUGAGUUCUCAAGGGGUGAGGAAGACGCCCGGCUGCAGCUGGAUUGAAGUGAGGAACGCCGUGACGGCUUUCGUUGCAGGGAACAAUUCGCACCCGCUCAUGGAAGAUUUACACGAGGUGCUAUGCUUUCUCGACUUUGAAACUAGGAGUUCCAGAAUAUUAAUUUCAGAUUGAAGGGGAUCGCACUGUGUUUCUAUUGGUAGCAACUCCUUUUCCCCCUAACUAAAACGAAUAAGAGCUUGAACAGCAAGUAACACUUAACACCUCAAGCAUUGAUGCAUGAACUGCUCUUGGCACUGAUAAUGGCGUCGGUCAUGGUCUUCAGUGACACCGGCAGUGAUUCAAUGAAUCCCGCAGAAAUUCACUACUGGCCGUGGUUGAAGAAAGUUGAAAAUGAUCUGUCAAAUUAUGAAUAAAUAACAUAAUUACAAUUUUUUACAA